CAGAAGUAAGAUGGGAAACCAAGUUGGUGGACGCGUGAGUCGUGCUGUUGCGGAUUUCAGCUGACCUGCUUUGUAGGACCUGACCAGGAGUUUGAGUGCUUGUAAAUAGCGCUUAUUUUUAAUGCCUGCUUGGACUGAGUUUAAUACAGACUGUAAAAUCUUUUUCUUGUCUGGAAUCAAGUGGGCUGUGAGUUGACCAGUAGGAUAUUCUGUGCAGCAGUCUCCAAGCUUGGAGGCCUAAAUUUGCUGGCAUGGCUAAACAGACUGCAUCUGAAACUAUAUUCAUAACAUUGAACCACAACAUCACCCUUAUAGGGAAAGCAUGGCUCGUCCUGGUGAUAUUCCUAAGGAUCCUGGUCUUGCUGUUUGCUGGUUAUCCUCUCUACCAGGAUGAGCAGGAAAGAUUUGUAUGUAACACCAUUCAGCCCGGUUGUGCCAAUGUGUGCUACGACAUGUUUGCCCCUCUUUCCCUUCUCCGAUUCUGGCUGGUGCAGCUCACCACCCUGUGCCUUCCCUAUGUGAUGUUUAUCACCUAUGUGAUCCACAAAGUGACUGCUGAUAGCAGAGCUUCUGAGUCCAUACAAGCGGACUCUAUCUAUAAGAUCCAUCAAGAAUCAUUCAGAAAAUCAUCUCUUUGUAAGACCGUUGUUAAAGCUGAGAAGGGGCGGGUGCAGUACUUCACAGGAGCCUACAUCUUGCACCUGUUGCUUCGGAUACUUGUAGAUGCUGGAUUUGGAGCUGCACAUUAUUACUUGUUUGGCUUCCACAUCCCCAAACGAUUCAUGUGUCAGCAGCCACCUUGCACAACAAUAGUGGACUGCUACAUCUCUAGACCCACUGAGAAAACCAUUAUGUUGAACUUCAUGUUGGGGGCAGCCACUUUGUCCUUGUUGCUAAAUGUGUGUGACCUAAUCUGUGCCAUCAAGCGCUCUGUGAGGCAAAAAAGCAAAGGAAAGAUGCUAGUAGAGAAGAUGUAUGCAGAGGAGCAGUACUACCUGUCAGGGAACGAGAAUCAAAGUGUGGACGCCAGCAUCCCGCCCACUCAAGAUGUGAUGGGGCCGGGAGGAUUCCGCAAAAGAGGGACCAGAAAUUCAAGUGGCGAUGAAGCUGCUUCCGUUUUUUUGGACGAUGACCCUCAACCAAACUCACCAGUUGGAGGAAUGCCUACAAUUGCUGGAAUGCCUGGCUCCAACAACAAUGACGACAACAGCAGCUACCAACCCAACCAAGAAGAGGGGAUUUUAAGAGAGGGCAGUGAAGUUGCACUGUAUCCCAGUGAGCCUUUGGGGACUCCUAGAUCUAUAAGAGUUAGCAAACGCAGUCGUCUAAAACCUCCACCACCUCCACGAAGGGACAAACUAGGUGCUCAAGGCGCAAUUGAUGUCUCGGGAGCAACAGCAGUGUGCACUAGAAGAUUAGGGCAAUAUACUCUGGUAGAAAUGACCACCGGUGAGGACAUACCAACUUGCAUUGGAGAUGGACAAGAGAAGAGGUCGGAAUGGGUUUGACUGUCUAGCCAGAUGACUAAGAAUUAGGCUUUUAGCUUUCAUUUUGAAGCAUUGUAAGAAGAAAAGUUGAUUGGGACUUGACUGGAACAGAGUGACGUGAUUAGAAUGCAUUUCUUGGAGAAACAAGGUGAAAUGAGAGGUAUUAUUAGAUGUCAACGUCAUGGAUAAAUGCCAACCCUUGGAUCAGCUACGCCCAUCAGUAUCCACCUGCCACUGAUGUUUGUGUUAGCGCAUUCUGUCUUUCUUUCACAGACCAGACGGGCCUUGACCUGCCUCGCCCCUGCUACAAUCAAGGGACACCGAAGGCCUUUCCAAAAACAGGUCUGUUGCAAACACCCAGGGUCUCUGAGGUUAAGCUAAGACUGACAUACUUUCUGCUUCAGUAAGGUCGGCCGCCAAGCAAGAACAACCCAGAGGGUAUGAAGGUGCUUUAAAGGACUUCUAAAAUCCUCUAGCCUGCAAAAUCUCAGGAACUGUUGAUUGUCAGUCAACAGCAACCCAUCAUAAAGCAAUUACUGGCCAGGCUGCUUUCGUAUUUAUGGAGGUAGCUUGUAACACUAUUUCAAGGACCCGCUGGGGUUUGGUUUGAAGCUUUAGAACAAACACUUAAAAUAAUCUGGUGUAACACGAGAGCAAGAUUAUGUGCGCCUUUCAGACUCUCAGAAGCAUGCUGCAACAUGCGAACGAUUAGGCAUGUUAGCUUUGGACAGUCACCUAGACUGUACCCCUCCUGUCCUCACAAUGCCAGUUAUGUGUCUCAUUAAACACACCAGGGACUUCUGGGAUUGCCUAUUUAUGAAGUUUCCUUAUACAUCACUGAUGAUGAUUUGUAGUUUUUGUCUUUUCUUUUGCUGCUAGCAGCUAGGGAUCUUUAAUCUGAUGUCAAAUGGUUUGGAUUCAUUGCAUUGUUUUAAUUUUAUUACCUGACCAAAUCACACUUCCUUUUAAAAGGGCAGAAAACUAUUAGUGAUAUUUCAUAUAUAUCACAUCUUGAAACAUAAACGUCUGUAUCUCAAAAUGCCAUGGAUUGAGUUUCACUUUAAUUGCAUUUCAAUUGUGAUGACAACUGCAUUUCAAAUGGAAAACAGCUAUUUCCACGAUGAUAACUAGACCCCAUUCAUGUGAGUUCAUGUGACCACAGAGUAACGUAUUACUUGGAGUCUCCAGUAAUGGGCUGAGGAGUCAAAUCUGCUGUUUUUGAUUAGGAAAAAGUGUACUGUCGAUAUACCACCAGAAACAGGCUUGGGAAAACCUGCCAUAGAGUAACAAAUGUAACAUCCUAUUAAAAACUGACAAAUCAUGCCCUCCAGUGGACAGACAUGCACACAACUCAAGACUGAAGAUGGACAAUUCUUCACUACUGCAAAUGUUUGCACUUCAGUGUCCUGUUACAUUUGCAUUUGUUAUUUCAACUGAGUGUUUUUUGACAUUUCUUCAGGACACUCAGGGCAUGUAUGUUUAAUAUAUAUGUUUAUAUAAAUAUACUGUUUGCAUGUAGGCUAUCUGUAGGCCUACUGUAAUAUUACAACUUCACUGUAACCAUUCUAAACUAUAAUUUACCUUUCACUGUAUUGUAUUGCAUAACAUUACCAACCAGGAAGGCUAAUGUUGUUUAUAAAGACACAGUUUGCCAGUUAUCAUGUCAAUUCUUUUUGAGUGUGAGAACGGUCCUUUAAUUCUCAGACUUUUUAUUCAUGUGUAAUUUAUUGUCCAGACCGCUGCUCAAGAAGUACGUGGACGGUGUGUCACGUGGUAUCUGUUACUUUUCUCAGCACUGUUGAGUAAAAACAAAUCACAGUAAUUUGCGAUUACUCGAGGUUUUUGUUAAUUAAUUUUAGAGAAAUUAAAUUUUCAUGUCAGGAAAUAAUUUUAAAGAUGACUUAUUUAGUUUAAAAAAAAAAUUCAAAUAUGGCAUAAAACGUCCAGAAAUUGGAUUGCUAUUGAUUUUGCUUUCUGAGCACCAGCACUUUCUUGAGAAAAGCUUAGACAACGUUUGUCACUUAGUGGUUUCUAGUAUGUCUGUGAAGCGAAUUGAAUAACCAGGUAAAAUACUUCUACUAGCACAGUUACAUCACAGAUACGUCUCUUUGACAUGAUAUCAUAUGUCAGACGUUUAGAUGUCUUUAAGGUGUUUGAUUUAGAAUGACAUCUUAAAGUGUAUAUUGCAUGUUAGAGACCCAGUGAGUCAAUGUAUAGAAAAUUGGGUAGGAACUAGAUUUUUCUUUUAAAAUAUACUUAUAAAUACGCUACUUGAGGCUUCUGGGGUCGUUUUUGUGUAAAAGUUUAAUAAUCUUGGCCUAUCCCUGCUCUCUUGGCCAUAUAGCAGGCUCAUAACUGUAUGGCUGUGGUCCAUUAUACGAGUAUCAAUAAACAUUUACAAUUUCCUCAGCAUCUUAACUGUCAUUGCGAU